AUGAUUGCGUAUCCGGUAAUCUAUUGUGUGGUGGAUUUAGAGAAUCGUGGAUUAAGUCGCGAGGGGCUGUAUCGUGUUCCAGGGAGGAAGGAUCAUGCACAAAGUGUUUUGAAUGAGCUUCGUACUUCUCGUGGCAUCCCAAAGCUCGCUUUUCAAGAGAUUGAAGUGAUUGCUGAUGUUAUCAAGUCAUUCUUACGGGAACUUCGUGAUCCACUCGUGCCCAAAUCUUCUCGUGAAGAAUUCAUCAGAGCGGCGCAGUCAAAUAACAUUCUAGCCUUGAACGUUGCCGUCUGUGAUCUCCCUCAGACGAACAGGGACACAUUAUCUUACCUAAUGCUCCACUUGCAAAAGGUCGAGGCAUUGAAAGACGUAAACAAAAUGACGGGCGAAAAUAUUGCACGAUGCAUGGCCAUCCCUAUCAUGGGUCAAACGACAUAUCCUCGCGGUGAUAUACACAUAGCAUCGAACGACGCUCGCGAAAAGGAACGCAGUGUGUUGCAGAUGUUGAGGAUGUCUCCGGACUAUUGGCGCCAAUUUCUUGAACCGGAUUCAUCAGAAGAAAAUGCAGCUCCUUAUGGCGCUACUCCAGCCUCGGCACCACCCUACGAAGAAAUCGGUCGAGUUCCGGCCUCGGCACCGCCUUACGAACCGUGCGUUGAUCAGAGUAUGCUUGGUCCGUUAACAAAUUCUCCUAAAUCUAACAUUGUGCGGCCAAUUCCACGGCGACCCAAGAAAUUCUUUGAUACUCCUAAAUAUGAUAAUUUGUAA